CCCGUCGUGGGUGAGAAGCUGGGGGCUGCCAAGGGGGCCACUCGGGCCUGGGCAGAGUGAGGAGAGCAUCAGAUUUGGCCCAGAAACACCCGUCCAUCUUGCAGGAGAGGGCGAGGCACGAUGGCCGCAGCAGGACCCGGUAGGUCUGUCUGAGGGUCCGUGCCACUUGCUGCUCUCCAUGGAAAAGAGGCCAGCGGGGGGAGGCAGGCCUGUUUGCACUCAUGGCACUUAGUGCAUCCAAGCUGAGCCGCGCUGUUCAAACAGACUCCCUGCCUCCGGACACCUGUGCCUGGGAGGGCGAGGCCGGCAGGAGGCCGAGUGCAGGUCCCCCAGCCCUUCCCGCAGCUCCUCCCAAAGCCAGCCCCGCGGCCCUGGCAGAGUCCUGGCCACGCCAUGCCCCACGCCGGGCUCUGCAGCUGCUGGGGCGGCCGGCUGCUGCCCCUGCUGCUGGUCUAUGUCUGCUACCUGCUGCUCGGCGCCACCAUCUUCCAGCUGCUGGAGAGGCAGGCGGAGGCUCAAUCCAGGGACCAGUUUCAGUUUGAGAAGCUGCGCUUCCUGGAGAACUACACCUGCCUGGACCAGCGGGCCCUGGAGCAGUUCGUGCAGGUCAUCAUGGAAGCCUGGGUGAAGGGCGUGAACCCCAAAGGCAACUCCACCAACCCCAGCAACUGGGACUUUGGCAGCAGUUUCUUCUUUGCAGGCACGGUCGUCACUACCAUAGGCUAUGGGAACCUGGCCCCCAGCACCGAGGCAGGCCAGGUCUUCUGUGUCUUCUACGCCCUGGUGGGCAUCCCCCUCAACGUGAUCUUCCUCAACCACCUGGGCACAGGGCUUCGAGGCCACCUGACCACACUGGAGAGGUGGGAGGACCAGCCCCGACGCUCCCAGGUACUGCAGGUGCUGGGCCUGGCUCUGUUCCUGACCCUGGGGACACUGGUCAUUCUCAUCUUCCCGCCCAUGGUCUUCAGCCACGUGGAGGGCUGGAGCUUCAGUGAGGGUUUCUACUUUGCCUUCAUCACUCUCAGCACCAUCGGCUUCGGGGACUAUGUUGUCGGCACGGACCCCAGCAAGCAUUACAUCUCGGUGUACCGGAGCCUGGCAGCCAUCUGGAUCCUCCUGGGCCUGGCGUGGCUGGCGCUGGUCCUCCCACUGGGGCCCCUGCUUCUGCACAGGUGCUCUCAGCUCUGGCUGCUCAGCAGGGGCCUCUGCCUCAAGGAAGGGGGCAUUCCUGAGGCCAAUGGGCUCCCCAGACCUCAGAAGAUCCCCACCUCUGCAUAAGCCCCCCCCACCCCAGUGGCCCGAGGGGCCCCCCUUAGCUUCCCCCACCCUGUGCACGUGUUCUCUGGAUU